AUGUACUCGUGGCGAACGACGACGGCCGGCACACGCGUCGUCGGGCGAGCUCGCGGCGACGGCGACGUUCGUUCUGGAAUCGUUGCAGACGUCGUCGUCCUAGACGCACAAUGUUCGCCGUGUUCCGAAUUCAAAGUCAAUCGUUCGCGGCGCGGCGCGGACCGAUCGCAGAGCAAAUCGAGCAACGGUCGGACGCAACGUUGUCCAUCGUGGUCUUGGCCGGCUGCGAUGCACAAACGGCGUAAAAUGAUUAUCGCGUAUGACGAAUGCGGACAGAGGAACAACGACGAGACGUUUUCGCAUUCGGCGGUUUCUAAUCGAGCGAAACGAGGCCCGGGGGUACGUUUCGAUUUGUCGUGA